CCCACGGGGAACUGCAGCCCGGCCCGCGACGAGCGCGACUUGGCCUUGGCGCGCGCCUUCCCGCCCUGCUUCCCGCGGCCGGACAUCUUCCCUUGCUCGCCUCCCUCCGAGAAGAACCGAGCAGGGCAGCAGAACAGAGACACAGCACUCCCCAGCUGUGCUCUCGUUUUACUGUCUCGUCCCUUCGCUGAUAGGCUGAGAAGUAGGACUUGUGAUUGGCAGCCAAUGAGAAGGCGAAUCCAAUUCUGACCAAUCAGACGCCAAUACUGGGGAGCGAUGACAUCAAUUUGUGGUCUGGUCAAUCAGAGUGCGCAGAGCCAAUGCUGCUCAUUUGCAUAGAGGUGCUCUAAAUACGAUGCACCCAGCCGCGGUCGUCACUGCGCCCCUGGGCCGAUCCUCGAGCACUUCCGUGGUUAUCGGAGGCGAGCCGUAGUUGUGAUGCCUGAGCCGGCAAAGUCCGCGCCCGCGCCCAAGAAGGGCUCCAAGAAGGCGGUCACCAAGACGCAGAAGAAGGGUGACAAGAAGCGUCGCAAGAGCCGCAAGGAGAGCUACUCGAUCUACGUGUACAAGGUGCUGAAGCAGGUGCACCCCGACACGGGCAUCUCGUCCAAGGCCAUGGGCAUCAUGAACUCCUUCGUCAACGACAUCUUCGAGCGCAUCGCCGGCGAGGCGUCGCGCCUGGCGCACUACAACAAGCGCUCCACCAUCACGUCGCGGGAGAUCCAGACGGCCGUGCGGCUGCUGCUGCCCGGCGAGCUGGCCAAGCACGCCGUGUCCGAGGGCACCAAGGCUGUCACCAAGUACACCAGCUCCAAGUAGGGUGUCUCGGACCGUCACCUUCGACCCAAAGGCUCUUUUAAGAGCCAGCCACUUUUUCAAUAAAAGGGCUGUACAGUCAUUGUGGGAUCUUUAAAGUUUUGGGAUUUUGGGGUUUUGUUGGUUGGUUGUGUU